AUGUCUAAAGCCUUGAUUUUGGCCGGCAGGCUGAAGCCUGAUGCUAGACUAGGGCUCGCGCUGUCUGAAUUUACAGCAGCACUCGACGAAGAAAGUCGCAAAGUAUUCGUUAGGAUGCGGUCCAGUUCAUCUGUAGUACCAACUACUUCAGAUGUGAUAAGAGUUACCGAGGAAUUAAACAGAGAAGGGGCUAAGCGUCAUCGAGCCUGGAGGCCACUCGGGACGAGACUAAAGAAUUUCUUGAGUCGAAUACAAUCAAUUGCCAGUAUUGGAGAUGUAUUGGUGGGCGGUUCGCAGAAUAUUCUUGUAUGCGGUGUUUGGUGUGCUUUGAGGAUUUGUCUUGAGUCUACCAUUUGUUUCCUUGACUACUACGAUAAGAUAUCGUCCAUUUUCAUGAAACUCGGUACUGCUUGGUCGCUCCACAGCGAUUUUGCGAAGCUCUUCUCUGAAGACAACGAACUGCAGUCCUUCCUGUUGGAAUAUCUUAUAGGCAUCGUUAGACUUUGCCAGAAGAUUGUAGUUUUCACGAAAAAGUCUGCUCUGGCUCAGUUUGCCUCAUCGAUGCUUUCUUCGCCCGAUAACGAGUUCAAUCCGUUGAUAGAAGAAUUGGGACAAUGGGGUAAGCUAAUCGAACAGAAGUCCAAUAUAUUAUCAACCGAGUUCAUGUUAAAAGCGGAAAAGAAUUCUAUCGAAAGAAAUUUGAGUCUCGUACGGCACAUAACAGGUAGCUCCAGAAAGAAGCAGAACUUUGAUCAGAAAUAUCGACUCCUUCUAUUGCUAUCUCCUCAUCAAGGAAGCUACGAGAACUUAUGGCGACGCCAGCGGCGGAAGGGAUCAUGUUUCUGGAUCUUCGAGACGAACGAAUACUUAUCCUGGCGUAGCCGAGAUACUUCGUGCGUUUUGUGGUUAAAUGGCAGCAUGGGCAGUGGGAAAACCGUUACAUUGGCGAAUAUUGUGGCGGAUAUUCACUUACGACAACCGUGCCUUUAUUUCUUCUGCGUAUCAAAGGAACCGGAGUCCUUGAGUUUUAGGGGCUUCUUGGGAAGUAUUACUUACCAACUACUAAGAAACAUUCCCCUUGGCGAUCCAUUCUGGAGUUUUGACAUGGAUGAGGUCACAUCAAAGCUGGCAACACUCGAGGGGAUCACCGACCUUCUCUUCCGAGUGACAUCUAAGGAUGAGGGAUUGUUUCUAGUAGUGGAUGGUAUCGAGAAUUGCAACAGUGACGAGUCUGAUGAUAUCAUCAACUUCCUCUCCGAUCUCAUGAAAAAAAGAAAGGUUUUUCUCUGCUCAUCUGGUAACCCAGGGUCCAGAAUCCAGGCAAAGCUAUUCUCCAAAAUCAACAACUGCGCCCAAAUCCCUAUGACAUUGAAUAAUCAAAAUCGGUAUAAAGAGAUUGAAGAUUUUAUUGACCGUGAAAUUGAGAGACGAACUCUGUUGCGACCCCUAGAUCCAGAUUUAAAGAGACUUAUGAGGGAACAGUUGGUAUUAGGGGCCCAAGGAAUGUAUAUUUGGGUUGCCUUACAAAUAGAGGCAAUACUUCCAACGGAUACAAGUACUAUUGUCUCAACAACAGAUAUACUCCAUAUUCUGCAAAACCUACCUAAGGACCUGCCUGAAGCGUUUGAUCAAGCGCUUGCAAGAGUCACAGAUCGACGAUACGGCAAUAGGCAUUUUAAGAUCGUGGCAGCCGCCACACGUCCAUUACUUCUAGACGAAUUUCAAGUUGCGGCUACUGUUACCCCUGGAAAUAUAGUUUGGGAUGCCGCCGCACUCCCGCUAGACCCAGAAGCACUCGUAUACGUUAGCGGUGGCAACCUCCUUGAGAUCGACGAAGAGGAUCGCACGGUUCUAUUUAUCCACCACAGCGCACUAGUUCACCUAUUGUCGGAACCACAAUCACCCCGUACGGCCCCGUUUCGCUUUUCAUUAGAAGAGGCAGAGUUACAUAUGGGAUCAGUUUGUGUGACAUAUCUCAACUAUGAUUUUUUCGAUACCAGAGUGGCUACCCAGCAGAAGGUAUACGCGGAUGGAAUCCUCGAUAAGGUUAUAACCCGUGUUCUUAUAGAUGAACCACGGCUGGGCAAGCUGAUGGGGUCUAUAUUCAAACACAAUCGUCGCAAAACAACUGCUAAUAUCGAUAUCAUGAACCAAAUCAUUAACAUAAAUGAUUGUAAAGUUCAGGAUUCUCUAUGCUUGCUUGCUUAUGCAGCAGAAAACUGGCUGGAACAUACGCGCGCUCUUGACGACGACAUGGGCAUACAGCAAUUGUGGGAGGAUCUAGUAAACGGCAUGGACCAUUUAAACAUUUCUUUAAACCGUAUGAUGUAG